AAAGCACUUUUACAGGCACAUCGUGGACGACGCUGCUUUCGUUGCUACGAAGUUAGUUUCUACAGAAGUUCGCCCACUUGUUUGCAAGCCUCGCACCUUGGAUCGUUAGUGCACUAAUGAAAGCGUGGUCUUUUUUGAGACAGUUGCUAAGAUGUUCACGCUGCUUUCCGGCCUAUGGAAGUACAUCAGCCAGCGCGACGAGUACUAUGUGCUGAUUCUCGGGCUUGACAACGCUGGCAAAACGACUUAUCUGGAGCAGACCAAAACGAAGUUCUCGAAGGGGUACAAGGGCUUAAACCCUCACAAGAUUACUACGACUGUCGGCCUGAACAUCGGCAAGAUCGACAUCCACGGCAUACGGCUAAACUUUUGGGAUCUUGGGGGCCAAGACUCGCUACAGUCGCUAUGGGACAAGUACUAUGCAGAAUCUCAUGCCGUCAUAUACGUUGUGGACUCUUCAAAUGCAAGCCGUAUCGACGAAUCCAAGGCUGCAUUCGCAAAGAUGAUUGGAAAUGAUGCACUUCACGGUGUUCCUGUCUUGUUGGUGGCCAACAAGCAAGACAUUAGUGGAUGCUACAAUGCUGCAGAAAUGCGUCAGCUCUUUCGGGAAAGCUCUCAUCUCAUCGGCAGGAGGGACUGUCACUUGAUUGGAGCAUCCGCAUUACAUGGGGAGGGCAUCAAUGAAGGCAUCGAGUGGAUCACGCAGUGCGUGAAGCGCAACAUCCUCCGGCCGCCACGCACCAGCGAGUCUUUGUGACGUCAGCUGGCUUGUCUGACUCGCACUUCUGUUUCAUAAUUUACACUGCCUUUCAAGCGGCAAAGCUUUCAACAUGAACAGUGCUGAAGAAUGUGUGUAGGUGCGCGUGCGACACUCGGAAUAAAUCAACAUGCCCACUGCAAACGUUACACGCACCAAGUUGGGCCAUGCUUGAACUUUUGCUAAAAUAUAUGAAUAAUGCAAAUUAAAUGUGUUCUGUCAAUUUUGUCGAAUAACGUGAAUUAAAUGUCUUUUGUUACAAGCA